GAACGUAGAUCUCCGUCCGUCCGUCUCUCUCUCUCUCUACAGCCAGGGCUGGCAGGAAGACGACAGAAGAGAGAGAGAGAGAAGAUCGGCGGCGAUGGUGCGGCUGUGGCGGGCGGCGCUGCCUCUGCUCCUCAUCCUCUGCCUCCUCCAGUACUCGCCCCUCGUCUUCGCCCAAGAAGGUCAAGAAAAUGACCCAUCUACUUUGUUCACACGAGCCUCUGAGAUGAUGAACCUGAGGAAGUAUGAUGGAGCACUUGGCCUACUAAAUGCCGUGUUGGAAGUUGACCCAAAUCAUUCUGAAGCUUACAGGCAGCGUGCAUCCGUCCUUCGUCAUAAAUGCAGAUACAAGGAAGCUGAGAGCGACUAUAACAAAUACCUGGAGCUAAAGCCUGGGGCUGUGGCAGUGGAAAAGGAAUUAUCUCAGCUGCUACAGGCUCAAAAUUCAUUACAGUCUGCUUUUGGCCAGUUUGAUUCUGGAGACUUUUCGAAGGUCCUGGAAUACAUCAACAAAAUUGUGCUUGUCUUUUCUCCAGGUUGCUUAAAGGCAAAGCUUCUAAAGGCCAAAGCAUUGCUAGCAUUGAAAGACUACUCAAGUGUUAUUUCAGAGACAGGAUUUAUUCUAAAGGAAGAUGAAGACAACUUGGAUGCACUGUUACUUCGUGGUCGAGCGUACUAUUACCUUGCUGAUCAUGAUGUGGCUUCCAGGCACUACCAGAAAGGGCUUCGUCUUGAUCCAGAACAUUCAGAUUUGAAGAAAGCAUAUUUUGGGUUGAAAAAUCUUUUGAAGAAGACUAAGAUCGCCGAUGAUAAUGCUGCCAAGGGUAAGCUACGUGUGGCUGCUGAGGACUACAAGGCAGCUCUUGCAAUGGAUCCAGACCAUAUUGCUUAUAAUGUACAUCUUUAUUUUGGGUUAUGUAAGACUCUGGUUAAACUUGGGAGAGGCAAGGAGGCUAUCAACAGUUGUACAGAAGCGCUCAACAUAAAUGAGGAACUUGUUGAUGCACUGACACAGAGAGGUGAAGCCAAACUUCUCUCAGAAGAUUGGGAAGGAGCGGUUCAGGAUCUAAAAGAGGCUGCUCAGAAAUCUCCGCAGGACAUGGGCAUCCGUGAAGCACUUAUGAGAGCUGAAAAGCAGCUUAAGUUGAGCAAAAGAAAAGACUGGUACAAAACCCUUGGUGUUUCAAAGACAGCAUCAGCUGCAGAGAUAAAACGUGCCUACAAAAAGCUGGCGUUGCAGUGGCAUCCAGAUAAAAAUGUGGAUAACCGGGAGGAAGCAGAAAACAUGUUUCGAGAAAUUGCUGCUGCUUAUGAGGUGCUUGGUGAUGAAGACAAACGUGUAAGGUAUGACCGUGGAGAGGAUCUCGACGAGAUGAAUAUGGGAGGAGGUGGAGGUGGCUUCAAUCCUUUUGGAGGCGGCGGUCAGCAAUACACGUUCCAUUUCGAUGGCGGGUUCCCUGGAGGCGGUUUUCCUGGAGGCUUCCAGUUCAACUUUUGAUUAAGUGGACACGUUACAAUGAUAUAUUUUUGUCAUUGUGGACUUGCAUUAGGAAUUCUGUGAGUUUAACUGCAGGUGUUAAUUAUUUAUAGGCAAGGUGAGAUUAGCGUACAAGUUUUUGAGGGCAGCUACAAAUGUUCCCUCCGCGCUGGCUUUCUUCUACCCUGGACUUUCUGAUACAUCAGUUGAAUACAAGAAUCGAAAUAAAGUAUUCUAUUAGUUUGCUUGAA